AUGGAGAUUGAGGGAAUUGAAAUAGAGGCAGAGAAUGUUGAAGAUGUUGACAUAAUGGAUUUAGAGAAGGAAAAUCAUUUUUUUUGUAGCCUUUCAAACCAAAACAUCAGCAUAACCAAUGCUCCAAUGGAGGAUGGAACAAGCUCCAACUCAAGCUUCCAUCCAGAAGAUGAUCAUGAUACUCUUUUGGGUGAUAGCUAUAUUGACAAUGAUGAUGAUAGCGAGAUUGAAGUUUCAGACGGAGAAAAUACUUUUGAAACAUCUGAAGAGCCUGAAGAUGCAAAGCAAGCCCUGAAAAAUUUGAAGAACUUACAAACUGCCAUGAGCCAAGUCAUUUUACCGGCCUGGAUAGCCAAACCGCCACACAAUUUUGGGAAUCCUUCACACAGAAAGCUCAAGUUUGAUACAUGGUUCAAGAUAUUUCAAAUUUUUCUCCCACUAGUUGCUGCCGAGAUUUGGGAUCCAAAAACCUCACCUGCCAAAUUUGAGAAUAUUCAGGAUCUUGUGGCAAUAACAAGACUCCUCACAAGCAAAAGACAAAUAAAUCUACUUGUGCACAAUACUUACCAUUCAACCAAUUAUGAUAGCUACCACAAGUACGACUAUGAUCAAGGAAGUUGUGCGGCGCAACAAACUUUGUCUACUUCUCAAAACUUCCUCCCAGAUGCAGCCUGGUAUUUUGAAGGACACCUUCAAAACUUUGUUGCCUUUUGCUUCAACUUUGAAACUCUCUUCUGUAGAUACCAAAACCAACCCGCGGCCAACCAAAAAGCUUGA